UUCCAAUAGUUGCCAAGGAUCUAGUCAUCGAACCAGAUGUGAGACCACCAUUCAGCAGCUACAGUGUCCAGGUUGGGCAAGAUUUGAAAGUAGAAGUACCAAUUUCCGGACGUCCUAAACCAACCAUUUCCUGGACCAAAGACGGGGUGCCGCUGAAGCAGACCACAAGAAUCAAUGUUACCGACUCCCUUGACCUUACCACCCUCAGUAUUAAAGAAACUCAUAAAGACGACGGCGGACAGUACGGAAUCACAGUUGCCAAUGUCGUGGGUCAGAAAACAGCAACCAUUGAAAUUAUUGCUCUAGAUAAGCCUGAUCCUCCAAGAGGGCCUGUUAAAUUUGAUGAAGUCAGUGCAGAGAGUAUUACAUUAUCUUGGGAGCCUCCCUUAUACACAGGGGGUUGCCAAAUAACCAAUUACAUUGUUCAGAAAAGAGAUACAACCACCACAGUAUGGGAUGUCGUCUCUGCCACUGUUGCCAGAACUACACUCAAAGUAACCAAACUGAAAACUGGUACAGAAUACCAAUUCAGAAUAUUUGCUGAAAACCGAUAUGGACAAAGCUUUGCUUUAGAGUCAGAACCAAUUGUAGCUCAGUAUCCCUACAAAGAACCAGGCCCUCCGGGGACACCAUUUGCCACGGCCAUCUCCAAAGACGCUAUGGUCCUCCAAUGGCAUGAACCAAUCAACAAUGGUGGAAGCCCAGUCAUAGGUUACCACCUUGAGAGAAAGGAAAGGAAUAGCAUUUUGUGGACAAAAGUCAACAAAACUAUCAUUCAUGACACCCAGUUUAAAGCCUUGAACCUUGAAGAAGGCAUUGAGUACGAAUUUAGAGUUUACGCGGAGAAUAUUGUCGGUGUCGGCAAGGCAAGCAAGAAUUCUGAAUGCUAUGUAGCCCGCGACCCCUGCGACCCGCCAGGAACCCCAGAAGCAAUCAUAGUUAAGAGAAAUGAAAUCACACUGCAGUGGACCAAGCCUGUGUAUGACGGUGGAAGUAUGAUCACCGGUUACAUCGUAGAGAAACGUGAUUUACCUGAAGGUCGCUGGAUGAAAGCCAGUUUUACGAAUGUCAUUGAAACUCAAUUCACUGUGUCGGGUCUCACUGAAGAUGAAAGAUACGAAUUCAGAGUCAUUGCAAAGAAUGCAGCUGGCGCAAUAAGUAAGCCCUCUGAUAGCACUGGGCCAAUAACAGCCAAGGAUGAGGUUGAACUCCCACGGAUUUCAAUGGAUCCAAAAUUCAGAGACACAAUAGUGGUAAAUGCCGGAGAAACAUUCCGACUGGAGGCUGACGUCCAUGGAAAGCCCCUACCCACCAUCGAGUGGCUAAGAGGAGAUAAGGAGAUUGAAGAAUCAGCUAGAUGUGAAAUAAAAAACACAGAUUUCAAAGCUUUACUUAUUGUAAAAGAUGCCAUUCGAAUCGACGGCGGACAGUAUAUUUUGAGGGCCUCUAAUGUUGCCGGUUCUAAGUCAUUCCCAGUGAAUGUGAAAGUGCUUGACAGACCAGGCCCUCCGGAAGGGCCAGUUCAGGUUACUGGAGUCACGUGUGAAAAAUGCACUUUGGCAUGGUCUCCACCACUUCAAGAUGGCGGCAGUGACAUUUCUCACUAUGUUGUUGAGAAGCGAGAAACCAGUCGACUCGCAUGGACCGUGGUUGCUUCAGAAGUUGUGACUAACUCUCUGAAAGUUACUAAGCUCUUGGAAGGGAAUGAAUAUAUUUUCCGAAUAAUGGCUGUCAACAAGUAUGGUAUUGGCGAACCUCUGGAGUCUGCGCCAGUACUCAUGAAAAAUCCAUUUGUGCUUCCUGGACCACCAAAGAGCUUAGAAGUCACAAACAUUGCCAAAGACUCUAUGACGGUCUGCUGGAAUCGGCCAGACAGUGAUGGCGGAAGUGAGAUUAUUGGUUACAUCGUGGAGAAGAGAGACAGGAGUGGCAUUCGCUGGAUAAAGUGCAACAAACGCCGCAUUACAGAUUUGCGGCUCAGGGUAACGGGAUUAACGGAAGAUCAUGAAUAUGAAUUCAGAGUCUCCGCAGAAAAUGCUGCGGGAGUUGGAGAGCCGAGCCCAGCUACUGUUUACUACAAGGCUUGUGAUCCCGUGUUCAAACCUGGCCCGCCCACCAAUGCACAUGUUGUAGACACCACCAAAAACUCAAUCACUCUUGCCUGGAGCAAACCUAUCUAUGAUGGCGGCAGUGAGAUCCUGGGCUACAUCGUCGAAGUCUGCAAAGCAGACGAAGAAGAAUGGCAAAUAGUUACUCCACAGACUGGCCUGAGAGUCACUCGAUUCGAAAUUUCCAAACUCACUGAACACCAAGAAUAUAAAAUACGAGUCUGUGCCCUCAACAAAGUUGGUUUAGGCGAGGCCGCCUCCGUUCCUGGUACUGUGAAACCGGAAGAUAAACUUGAAGCUCCUGAACUGGACCUCGACUCUGAGUUAAGAAAAGGCAUCAUUGUGAGAGCCGGAGGAUCUGCCAGAAUCCACAUCCCAUUCAAAGGCCGGCCCACACCUGAGAUCACGUGGUCUAAGGAGGAAGGGGAAUUCACAGAUAAGGUCCAGAUUGAGAAGGGCAUGAACUUUACCCAGCUCUCAAUAGACAACUGCGAUAGAAACGACGCUGGGAAGUACGUUCUCAAGCUGGAGAACAGCAGCGGGUCCAAGUCGGCUUUUGUGACCGUGAAAGUCCUUGACACCCCAGGACCCCCGCAGAAUUUAGCUGUCAAAGAAGUGAGAAAAGACUCUGUCCUUCUGGUAUGGGAACCACCUCUCAUUGACGGUGGGGCAAAGGUCAAGAACUAUGUAAUCGACAAGCGCGAGUCAACCCGAAAGGCCUAUGCCAAUGUGAGCAGUAAAUGCAGUAAAACCAGCUUUAAAGUUGAGAAUCUGACCGAGGGAGCCAUCUACUACUUCAGAGUCAUGGCUGAGAACGAAUUCGGAGUUGGGGUCCCCGCGGAAACCUCUGAUGCCGUGAAGGCUUCUGAACCUCCUUCCCCGCCAGGAAAGGUGACGCUCACCGACGUGUCCCAGACCAGUGCAUCACUCAUGUGGGAGAAGCCCGAACAUGACGGCGGUAGCAGAAUCCUGGGGUACGUGGUUGAAAUGCAGCCCAAAGGAACGGAAAAAUGGAGCGUAGUGGCUGAAUCCAAAGUCUGUAACGCGGUCGUUACUGGUCUGAGCUCGGGACAAGAAUAUCAGUUCCGCGUCAAAGCUUACAACGAGAAAGGGAAGAGUGAUCCAAGGGUGCUCGGCGUCCCUGUCAUCGCCAAGGACUUGACUAUACAGCCCAGUUUUAAGCUGCCAUUUAAUACAUACAGUGUCCAAGCAGGAGAGGAUCUGAAAAUAGAAAUUCCAGUUAUAGGCCGACCAAGACCGAAAAUUUCUUGGGUCAAGGAUGGUGAGCCUCUGAAACAGACCACAAGAGUAAACGUGGAAGACACAGCUACUUCGACCAUUCUACACAUCAAGGAAAGUAGCAAGGACGACUUCGGAAAAUACAGCGUCACCGCGACUAACAGUGCGGGCACAGCCACAGAAAACCUCAGCAUCAUCGUUUUGGAAAAGCCUGGCCCUCCAGUUGGACCAGUGAAGUUUGACGAAGUCAGUGCAGACUUUGUGGUCAUAUCUUGGGAACCUCCAGCCUAUACUGGCGGGUGCCAGAUAAGCAACUACAUCGUCGAGAAGCGAGAGACCACCACCACCACCUGGCAGAUGGUCUCGGCAACGGUUGCCAGAACCACCAUUAAAAUUGGCAAACUGAAAACAGGCAGUGAAUACCAGUUUAGGAUUUUUGCUGAGAACCGGUAUGGGAAAAGCACUCCCUUGGACUCGAAGCCAGUUGUGGUACAGUAUCCAUUUAAAGAACCUGGACCACCUGGAACCCCCUUUGUGACAUCUGUCUCCAAAGACCAGAUGCUUGUGCAAUGGCACGAGCCAGUUAAUGACGGAGGCAGCAAAGUUAUUGGCUACCAUCUUGAGCAGAAGGAGAAGAACAGCAUUCUGUGGGUCAAGCUCAAUAAGAUCCCCAUCCAGGAUACCAAGUUCAAAACAACUGGGCUUGAUGAGGGGCUUGAGUAUGAGUUCAGAGUCUCCGCGGAGAACAUCGUGGGCAUUGGCAAGCCUAGCAAAGUGUCAGAGUGCUAUGUUGCGCGUGACCCAUGUGACCCACCCGGCCGUCCCGAAGCCAUCGUUAUCACGAGAAAUAGCGUCACCCUGAAAUGGAAGAAACCUGCUUAUGACGGUGGCAGCAAGAUAACCGGCUAUGUCGUAGAAAAGAAAGACCUCCCUGAUGGCCGAUGGAUGAAAGCCAGCUUCACCAAUGUGGUGGAGACCGAAUUCGCAGUGACUGGGCUCGUAGAAGACCAAAGAUAUGAAUUUAGAGUAAUCGCAAGAAACGCGGCUGGCAACUUCAGCGAGCCCUCUGAGAGCAGUGGUGCUAUCACUGCAAGGGAUGAAAUCGAUGCACCAAAUGCCUCACUGGAUCCAAAGUACAGAGAUGUCAUCGUUGUGCAUGCAGGGGAGACCUUUGUUCUCGAAGCUGAUAUCCGUGGCAAACCUAUCCCUGAUAUCGUUUGGUCCAAGGAUGGGAAUGAACUUGAAGAAACAGCUGCUCGAAUGGAAAUUAAAUCUAGUCUCCAGAAAACAACUCUCAUUGUGAAAGACUGCAUCCGUACUGAUGGAGGGCAGUAUACCUUGAAACUCAGCAACGUCGGUGGCACCAAGACCAUACCUAUCACUGUAAAGGUGCUGGACAGGCCAGGGCCUCCUGAAGGACCCCUUAAAGUCACUGGAGUUACAGCCGAAAAGUGUUACCUGGCAUGGAGCCCACCUUUGCAAGAUGGUGGUGCUAGUAUUUCUCAUUACAUCAUCGAAAAGAGAGAAACAAGCAGACUCUCCUGGACCCAGGUUUCAACUGAGGUGCAGGCCCUUAACUACAAAGUCACCAAGUUACUUCCUGGGAACGAGUACAUUUUCCGGGUCAUGGCAGUGAAUAAGUAUGGAAUCGGAGAGCCCCUGGAAUCUGAGCCUGUGAUAGCCUGUAAUCCUUAUAAGCGUCCAGGCCCUCCUUCAACACCUGAGGCCUCAGCCAUCACCAAAGAUUCCAUGGUGCUGACGUGGACACGCCCAGUGGAUGAUGGAGGUGCUGAGAUUGAGGGGUACAUUCUCGAAAAGCGAGACAAGGAAGGAAUAAGAUGGACCAAGUGUAACAAGAAAACAUUGACAGACCUUCGGUUCAGGGUAACUGGCCUCACAGAAGGUCAUUCCUAUGAAUUCAGAGUCGCCGCUGAGAAUGCCGCCGGCAUUGGGGAACCCAGCGAGCCAUCUGUUUUCUACCGGGCAUGCGAUGCCUUGUAUCCACCGGGUCCACCAAGUAACCCCAAAGUGACAGAUACUUCUAGAUCUUCUGUCUCCUUAGCAUGGAAUAAGCCAAUUUAUGAUGGCGGUGCACCUGUUCGAGGCUAUGUUAUCGAGCUCAAAGAAGCUGCCGCUGAUGAAUGGACAACCUGCACGCCACCAUCAGGACUACAAGGGAAGCAGUUCACGGUGACCAAGCUUAAAGAGAAUACUGAGUACAAUUUCCGUAUCUGUGCUUUCAAUACUGAAGGUGUAGGCGAACCCGCAACCAUCCCCGGCUCUGUUGUUGCUCAGGAGAGGGCAGAGCCCCCAGAAAUCGAACUCGACGCUGAUCUCAGGAAGGUGGUCACUCUCCGGGCAAGCGCCACCUUGCGCUUAUUUGUCACUAUCAAAGGUCGGCCAGAACCUGAAGUCAGAUGGGAAAAGGCUGAUGGUAUUCUCACGGAGAGGGCCCAGAUCGAGGUGACUAGUUCGUAUACAAUGCUGGUGAUUGACAAUGUGACCAGAUUUGACAGCGGGAGAUACAACCUCACCCUGGAAAACAACAGCGGCUCCAAAACAGCCUUUGUCAAUGUUAGAGUUCUUGACUCACCAAGUGCACCCGUGAAUCUGACUGUGAGAGAAGUAAAGAAAGACUCGGUGACACUGUCCUGGGAGCCACCGCUUAUUGACGGCGGAGCCAAGAUUACAAAUUAUAUCGUUGAGAAACGAGAAACUACAAGAAAAGCUUAUGCGACUAUUACAAACAACUGCACUAAGAACACUUUCAAAAUUGAGAAUCUACAAGAAGGGUGCUCUUAUUACUUCCGAGUCCUGGCUUCCAAUGAAUAUGGGAUUGGAUUACCAGCCGAAAUAGCAGAACCUAUAAAAGUAUCUGAACCACCACUCCCCCCUGGAAGGGUGACCCUUGUCGAUGUGACCCGCAACACAGCUACAAUUAAGUGGGAGAAACCAGAAAGCGAUGGUGGCAGCAAAAUCACGGGCUAUGUCGUCGAGAUGCAGACAAAGGGCAGUGAGAAGUGGAGCACAUGCACGCAAGUGAAGACGCUAGAAGCAACCAUUUCUGGCCUGACUGCGGGAGAAGAGUACGUCUUCAGGGUAGCCGCGGUUAAUGAGAAAGGAAGGAGCGACCCGAGACAGCUCGGAGUGCCUGUCAUUGCGAAAGAUAUUGAAAUAAAGCCUUCGGUUGAGCUUCCUUUCAAUACUUUCAACGUUAAGGCUAAGGACCAACUCAAAAUUGACAUACCAUUUAAAGGAAGACCUCAAGCUACUGUAACCUGGAAAAAAGAUGGCCAGGUUCUUAGAGAGACCACUAGAGUCAAUGUAUCGUCCUCAAAGACGGUAACAACCCUUUCUAUUAAAGAAGCCUCAAGAGAAGAUGUUGGAACUUACGAACUGUGUGUUUCCAAUUCUGCUGGAUCCAUAACGGUUCCAAUUACUGUCAUUGUCCUUGACAAGCCAGGACCUCCAGGACCCAUACGCAUUGAUGAAGUUAGUUGUGACAAUGUGUCCAUUUCUUGGAAUCCUCCAGAAUAUGAUGGUGGCUGCCAAAUUAGCAACUACAUUGUUGAGAAGAGGGAAACCACGUCUACCACAUGGCAGGUAGUUUCACAAGCGGUGGCGAGAACAUCCAUCAAAAUAGUCCGCUUGACAACAGGAAGUGAGUAUCAGUUCCGUGUUUGUGCAGAGAAUCGGUAUGGAAAGAGUUCCUACAGCGAAUCCUCCGCGGUGGUUGCUGAGUAUCCAUUCAGCCCCCCAGGGCCUCCUGGCACUCCCAAAGUUGUGCAUGCCACGAAAUCUACCAUGAUCGUAACUUGGCAGGUGCCAGUUAACGACGGAGGAAGCCAAGUCAUUGGCUAUCACCUUGAAUACAAAGAAAGAAGCAGCAUUCUCUGGUCAAAGGCAAACAAAGUCCUCAUUUCAGAUACGCAGAUGAAAGUCUCCGGUCUUGAUGAGGGGCUGAUGUAUGAGUACCGGGUAUACGCUGAGAAUAUUGCUGGCAUUGGUAAAUGCAGUAAAGCAUGUGAACCAGUCCCUGCAAGGGAUCCCUGUGACCCUCCGGGGCAACCUGAGGUCACCAAUAUCACAAGAAAAUCGGUAUCACUUAAGUGGGCGAAACCACGUUACGAUGGUGGAGCUAAGAUCACCGGAUACAUUGUCGAGCGCAGGGAAUUGCCUGAUGGCAGGUGGCUCAAAUGCAAUUUCACUAAUGUGCAGGAGACGUACUUUGAAGUAACUGAGCUCACUGAAGACCAGCGUUAUGAAUUCCGAGUUUUUGCAAGAAACGCCGCUGACUCGGUUAGCGAACCAUCCGAAUCCACUGGACCUAUUACAGUCAAAGACGACGUCGAGGCACCAAGAAUUAUGAUGGAUGUCAAAUUCCGAGACGUCAUUGUUGUCAAAGCUGGAGAGGUCCUUAAGAUAAAUGCAGACAUUGCAGGACGACCACUGCCAGUCAUUUCCUGGGCCAAGGAUGGGGUAGAAAUUGAAGAAAGGGCAAAAACAGAAAUUGUCUCAACAGACUAUCAUACCACGUUAACAGUUAAAGACUGUGUGAGACGAGACACUGGGCAGUACGUGCUUACACUGAAGAACGUUGCAGGAACUCGGACUAUGGCGGUUAACUGUAAAGUGCUGGAUAAGCCUGGCCCACCAGCAGGACCUCUUGAAAUAACUGGCCUCACAGCGGAGAAGUGCUCCCUUUCCUGGGGACGUCCCCAAGAAGACGGUGGUGCUGAUAUCGACUAUUACAUUGUAGAAAAGCGUGAAACAAGCCGCCUCGCGUGGACAAUAUGUGAAGCCGAGUUGAGGACGACAUCUUGUAAGGUGACCAAGCUACUCAAAGGCAAUGAAUACAUCUUUAGAGUAACGGGUGUUAAUAAAUAUGGUGUCGGCGAGCCCCUAGAGAGCGUGCCUGUGAAGGCACUAGAUCCGUUCACCGUUCCUAGUCCACCCACAUCUUUGGAAAUUACAUCUGUGACCAAAGAUUCCAUGACACUUUGCUGGUCAAGACCUGAGACUGACGGAGGCAGUGACAUCUCUGGAUACAUAAUUGAAAGACGUGAGAAAAACAGCCUACGGUGGGUGCGUGUGAAUAAAAAACCAGUCUACGAUCUGAGAGUGAAGUCAACAGGACUCCGGGAAGGAUGUGAAUACGAGUAUCGGGUUUUCGCCGAAAACGCUGCCGGCCUGAGUCUUCCAAGUGAAACGUCUCCCUUAGUUCGAGCGGAAGAUCCCGUGUUCCUGCCAUCUCCUCCAUCCAAACCCAAAAUUGUAGACUCGGGCAAAACAACCAUCACCAUUGGUUGGGUGAAGCCUCUGUUUGAUGGUGGGGCGCCAAUAACGGGAUACACGGUAGAAUACAAAAGGUCUGACGAGGAUGACUGGAAGGCUGCCAUCCAGAGCUUCAGAGGCACAGAAUACACACUGAGUGGGCUAACCACUGGAGCUGAGUACAUCUUCAGAGUGAGGUCUGUCAAUAAGGUCGGUGCCAGUGACCCCAGUGACAGCUCCGACCCCCAGGUAGCCAAAGAAAGAGAAGAAGAACCUGUAUUUGAUGUCGACAGUGAAAUGAGGAAGACUUUGGUUGUCAAGGCCGGAUCCUCAUUUACCAUGACUGUACCUUUCAGAGGAAGACCCAUCCCCAACGUCUCCUGGAGUAAGCCUGACACUGACCUCCGCACAAGAGCAUACAUUGACUCCACAGAAUCUCGUACAUCACUCACCAUUGAGAAUGCCACCCGCAACGAUUCUGGAAAGUACACGCUAACAAUUCAGAAUGUUUUGAGUGCUGCUUCGAUGACCUUCGUUGUCAAAGUUUUAGAUUCCCCAGGACCUCCAGCCAAUGUUACUGUACGUGAAGUAACCAAGGAGACUGCUGUGCUGUCCUGGGAUGUUCCUGAAAAUGAUGGUGGAGCACCCGUGAAGAAUUACCACAUAGAAAAACGAGAGGCCAGCAAGAAGGCAUGGGUAUCUGUCACUAACAACUGCAACCGCCUCUCUUACAAAGUGACCAACUUACAAGAAGGAGCGAUUUACUACUUCAGAGUGUCUGGAGAAAACGAGUUUGGUGUUGGUGUGCCAGCCGAAACGAAGGAAGGCGUCAAAAUAACAGAAAAACCAAGCCCACCAGAAAAGCUUGGAGUAACCAGUGUCUCCAAAGACAGUGUCUCGCUGAGCUGGCUGAAGCCAGAACACGAUGGCGGAAGCCGAGUGGUACAUUAUGUCGUCGAAGCACUAGAGAAAGGCCAGAAAAACUGGGUUAAAUGUGCAGUGGUAAAGACAACCCAUCACGUUGUUUCCGGUCUGAGAGAGGGUCAUGAAUACUUCUUCCGGGUCUUUGCCGAAAACCAAGCAGGCCUGAGUGACCCAAGAGAGCUCCUGCUUCCUGUUCUCAUAAAGGAUCAGCUAGAGCCACCUGAAAUUGAUAUGAAGAAUUUCCCAAGUCACACAGUGUAUGUUAGAGCUGGCUCCAAUCUUAAAGUUGACAUCCCCAUUUCUGGAAAGCCGCUCCCCAAAGUGACCUUAUCAAGAGAUGGUGUACCCCUGAAGGCGACCAUGAGGUUUAACACUGAGAUUACUGCUGAGAACCUGACCAUCAAUCUCAAAGAAAGCAUUACCACUGAUGCGGGGCGAUAUGAGAUCACUGCGGCCAACUCCAGCGGAACCACCAAAGCUUUCAUUAACAUCAUUGUGCUGGACAGGCCGGGUCCUCCGACUGGCCCUGUGGUCAUCAGUGACAUCACUGAAGAAAGUGUGACCCUCAGAUGGGAGCCACCCAAGUAUGAUGGUGGAAGCCACGUCACCAACUACAUCGUACUGAAGAGAGAAACAAGUACGGCAGUGUGGUCCGAAGUGUCGGCCACGGUGGCAAGAACCAUGAUUAAAGUCAUGAAACUGACCACGGGAGAAGAAUACCAGUUCCGAAUCAAGGCAGAAAAUCGCUUCGGCAUCAGUGAUCACAUCGAUUCAGCUUGUAUAGUUGUCAAACUGCCAUACACAACACCUGGGCCACCAUCUACACCUUGGGUCUCCAAUGUUACUCGGGAAAGCAUCACUGUGGGCUGGCAUGAACCAGUGUCCAAUGGAGGAAAUGCAGUCAUAGGCUACCACUUGGAAAUGAAAGACAGAAACAGUAUCUUAUGGCAAAAAGCCAACAAAAUGAUCAUCCGUACAACUCACUUCAAAGUUACAACCAUCAGUGCCGGGCUUAUCUACGAAUUCAGGGUGUAUGCAGAAAAUGCUGCUGGCAUUGGAAAACCCAGCCAUCCUUCGGAGCCAGUCUUGGCCAUCGAUGCCUGUGAACCUCCAAGGAAUGUUCGGAUCACUGAUAUUUCCAAGAACUCUGUCAACCUUUCAUGGCAACAGCCAGCUUUUGAUGGAGGAAGCAAGAUUACAGGCUACAUUGUGGAGAGGCGUGACCUUCCAGAUGGGAGAUGGACCAAGGCCAGCUUCACCAAUGUUAUUGAGACUCAAUUCACCGUCUCUGGCUUGACACAGAAUUCCCAGUAUGAAUUCCGGGUCUUUGCUAGAAAUGCUGUUGGCUCCAUCAGCAAUCCAUCUGAGGUUGUGGGCCCUAUCACAUGCAUUGACUCCUACGGUGGGCCUGUUAUUGACUUGCCUCUAGAGUAUACAGAAGUUGUCAAAUACAGAGCAGGCACAUCUGUGAGGCUCAGAGCUGGUAUUUCAGGCAAACCCGAGCCCACGAUUGAGUGGUACAAAGACGAUAAAGAAUUACAAACCAAUGCACUGGUAUGUGUUGAAAAUAGCACUGACCUGGCAUCCAUACUCAUCAAAGAUGCCAACCGCCUCAAUAGUGGAAGCUACGAAUUAAAGCUAAGGAAUGCCAUGGGUUCCGCCUCCGCCACCAUCAGAGUACAGAUCCUCGAUAAACCAGGACCUCCGGGAGGACCAAUUGAGUUUAAGACGGUCACUGCCGAAAAGAUAACUCUGCUCUGGAGGCCUCCAGCUGAUGACGGCGGUGCCAAGAUCACUCACUACAUCGUGGAAAAACGUGAAACAAGCCGAGUCGUGUGGUCUAUGGUGGCUGAAAACCUGGAGGAGUGCAUCAUUACAACUACCAAAAUUAUUAAAGGGAACGAGUACAUCUUCCGAGUCCGGGCUGUGAACAAAUACGGAAUUGGCGAGCCUCUGGAAUCUGAUCCGGUUGUAGCCAAGAAUGCUUUUGUUACACCUGGACCGCCAAGCAUACCAGAAGUGACAAAGAUGACCAAGAAUUCUAUGACUGUUGUCUGGAACAGGCCAACUGUAGAUGGUGGUAGUGAAAUAAACGGCUAUUUCCUUGAAAAACGAGACAAGAAGAGUCUGGCCUGGCUUAAAGUACUAAAGGAGACUAUUCGUGACACCAGACAAAAGGUGACAGGACUCACUGAAAACAGUGACUAUCAAUAUCGAGUCUGUGCUGUCAACGCCGCUGGAAUGGGUCCAUUCUCAGAACCCUCUGACUUCUACAAGGCUGCUGAUCCUAUUGAUCCUCCAGGCCCCCCUGCCAAGAUAAGAAUUGCAGAUUCAACUAAAUCAUCCAUCACUCUUGGCUGGAGUAAACCUGUCUACGACGGGGGCAGCGACGUCACUGGCUAUGUUGUUGAGAUGAGACAAGGAGAGGAGGAGGAAUGGGCUAUUGUCUCCACCAGGGGAGAGGUCAGAACGACAGAAUAUGUGGUCUCUAACCUCAAGCCUGGAGUCGAUUACUAUUUCCAAGUAUCAGCGGUAAACUGUGCUGGCCAAGGAGAACCCAUCACAAUGACUGAGCCUGUCCAGGCUAAAGACAUCCUUGAGGAACCAGAAAUUGACCUAGACGUGGCUCUCAGAACAUCCGUUAUCGCUAAAGCUGGGGAAGAUGUACAGAUAUUGAUGCCCUUUAAAGGCAGACCGCCCCCUACUGUCACCUGGAGGAAAGACGAGAAGAAUCUUGGCAGUGAUGCCAGAUACAACAUCCAAAACACUGAUUCAUCUUCCUUACUCGUCAUCCCUCAAGUCACUCGCAACGACACAGGGAAAUACACCCUGACAAUAGAAAACGGAGUGGGCCAACCCAAGUCUUCCACUGUGAGCGUGAAAGUACUCGAUACACCAGCGGCCUGCCAGAAGCUACAGGUGAAACAUGUUUCCCUAGGCACAGCCACGUUGCUAUGGGAUCCUCCUCUCAUUGAUGGAGGGUCUCCCGUCAUUAACUACGUCAUUGAGAAGAGAGAUGCCACAAAGAGAACGUGGUCCGUCGUGUCCCACAAGUGUUCCGGCACAGCCUUUAAGGUAACAGACUUAUCAGAGAAAACUCCGUUCUUCUUCCGAGUUCUUGCAGAAAAUGAAAUUGGAAUCGGUGAGCCCUGUGAGACUACAGAGCCUGUAAAAGCUGCCGAGGUACCAGCACCUAUCCGUGAUCUCUCAAUGAAAGAUUCUACAAAGACAUCCGUUGUCCUCAGCUGGACCAAGCCUGACUUUGACGGUGGGAGCAUCAUCACAGACUACGUUGUGGAAAGGAAAGGAAAAGGUGAACAGGCCUGGUCACACGCUGGCAUUAGUAAGACCUGCGAAAUCGAGAUUGGACAACUUAAAGAGCAGUCGGUCUUGGAAUUCCGAGUGGCCGCCAGAAAUGAGAAAGGACAGAGCGACCCUGUCACUAUUGGGCCACUCACAGUGAAAGAGCUGGUGAUAACACCUGAAGUUGACUUGUCAGAAAUCCCCGGGGCACAGAUAUCUGUGAGAAUUGGACAUAAUGUACAUCUUGAAUUACCUUACAAAGGAAAACCCAAGCCAUCCAUCAGUUGGCUGAAAGAUGGUUUGCCACUGAAAGAAAGUGAGUAUGUUCGCUUCAGUAAAACAGAAAACAAAAUUACCUUGAGCAUUAAGAAUGUAAAGAAGGAGCACGGAGGGAAAUACACCGUUAUUCUUGACAAUGCAGUAUGCAGAAACUCCUUCCCCAUUACAAUCAUUACCCUUGGCCCGCCAUCCAAGCCCAAAGGACCCAUUCGAUUCGAUGAAAUCAAGGCUGACAGUGCCAUCAUGUCAUGGGAUAUCCCGGAAGAUGACGGAGGAGGAGAAAUCACCUGCUACAGCAUUGAAAGGCGGGAAGCUUCGCAAACUAACUGGAAGAUGGUGUGUUCAAGCGUUGCCAGGACGACUUUCAAAGCUUCCAAUCUGGUCAAAGAUUCUGAAUACCAGUUCAGGGUUAGAGCAGAAAACAGAUACGGAGUGAGCGAACCACUCGUCUCAAAUCUUAUCGUGGCAAAACACCAGUUCAGGAUUCCUGGCCCCCCAGGAAAGCCAGUGAUAUACAACGUGACCUCAGAUGGCAUGUCACUAACUUGGGAUGCGCCAGUUUAUGAUGGUGGUUCAGAAGUGACUGGAUUCCAUGUUGAAAGGAAAGAAAGAAACAGCAUCCUCUGGCAAAGGGUUAACACAUCACCAAUAUCUGGGAGAGAAUACAGAGCUACUGGCUUAAUAGAAGGACUGGACUACCAAUUCCGUGUAUAUGCUGAGAAUUCGGCUGGCCUAAGCUCACCUAGUGACCCAAGCAAGUUUACAUUAGCUGUUUCUCCAGUAGACCCACCCGGCACUCCUGAUUACAUCGAUGUCACCCGGGAGACCAUCACACUUAAGUGGAACCCACCGUUGCGUGACGGGGGAAGCAAGAUAGUGGCCUACAGCAUUGAGAAACGGCAAGGAAAUGAUCGUUGGGUCCGAUGCAACUUCACGGACGUCAGUGAAUGUCAGUACACCGUCACCGGACUCAGUCCCGGGGAUCGGUAUGAGUUCAGGAUAAUCGCAAGGAAUGCGGUCGGAACCAUAAGCCCACCCUCACAGUCUUCCGGCCUCAUCAUGACAAGAGAUGAGAACGUUCCACCAACAGUAGAGUUUGGCCCCGAGUACUUCGACGGUCUUGUUAUUAAGUCUGGAGACAGCCUUAGAAUCAAAGCUUUGGUCCAUGGGCGACCAGUACCACGAGUAACUUGGUUCAGAGAUGGAGUUGAAAUUGAGAGGAGAAUGAACAUGGAAAUAACUGAUGUUCUCGGCUCAACCAGCCUCUUUGUUAGAGACGCAACUCGAGAUCAUCGUGGUGUUUAUACAGUGGAAGCCAAAAAUGUAUCUGGUACCACAAAAGCAGAAAUUACAGUGAAAGUGCAAGAUACACCAGGAAAAGUCGUUGGGCCAAUACGAUUCACGAAUAUUACUGGUGAGAAGAUGACCUUGUGGUGGGAUGCCCCACUCAAUGACGGCUGUGCCCCUGUCACCCACUACAUCAUUGAAAAACGGGAAACCAGCAGACUGGCCUGGGCAUUGAUUGAGGACAACUGUGAAGCCCACAGCUACACCGCCGUUAAACUCAUAACCGGCAAUGAAUAUCAGUUCCGCGUUUCUGCCGUUAACAAGUUUGGUGUUGGCCGGCCACUGGAGUCUGACCCUGUGGUUGCCCAAAUACAAUACACUGUUCCGGAUGCCCCUGGAAUUCCUGAACCUAGCAAUGUAACAGGCAAUAGCAUCACCCUGACUUGGACAAGGCCAGAAUCAGAUGGCGGCAAUGAGAUUCAACACUACAUCCUUGAAAGACGAGAAAAGAAAAGCACAAGAUGGGUGAAAGUGAUCAGCAAACGACCCAUUUCUGAGACAAGAUUCAAAGUCACUGGCCUGGUGGAAGGCAACGAGUAUGAAUUCCAUGUCAUGGCUGAGAACGCGGCUGGGAUUGGGCCAGCAAGUGGAAUCUCAAGACUGAUCAAAUGCCGAGAGCCUGUUAACCCGCCAAGUGCCCCCGCGGUGGUCAAAGUGACGGACACAUCCAAGACAACCGUGAGCUUAGAAUGGGCCAAGCCGGUCUUUGACGGUGGGAUGGAAAUAAUUGGGUACAUAAUAGAGAUGUGCAAAGCUGACUUAGGGGACUGGCAGAAAGUAAACACAGAGCCCUGCGUGAAAACAAGAUACACAGUCACUGAUCUCGAAGCAGGUGAAGAAUACAAAUUCCGGGUCAGCGCUAUCAACGGUGCCGGGAAAGGAGACAGCUGCGAGGUGACCGGUACUAUAAAAGCCGUUGAUCGGUUAUCUGCUCCUGAGUUAGACAUUGACGCCAACUUCAAGCAGACUCAUAUUGUCAGAGCGGGCGCCAGCAUUCGCCUCUUCAUCGCCUACCUGGGGAGACCUACUCCUACAGCGGUGUGGAGCAAGCCUGACUCGAACCUGAGCAUUCGGGCUGAUAUCCACACAACAGACUCCUUCAGCACCCUCACCGUGGAAAACUGCAACAGAAACGAUGCAGGGAAAUACACGCUCACUGUGGAAAACAACAGUGGUAGAAAGUCAAUAACGUUCACUGUGAAGGUGCUCGACUCUCCAGGACCACCUGGUCCAAUUUCCUUCAAAGAUGUGACCCGGGGAUCUGCCACACUGAUGUGGGAUGCCCCUCUCCUUGACGGUGGUGCCCGCAUCCAUCACUAUGUGGUGGAGAAACGAGAAGCCAGUCGCCGCAGCUGGCAGGUCGUCAGUGAAAAGUGCACUCGCCAGAUCCUCAAGGUCAGCGACCUGACAGAAGGUGUUCCGUACUAUUUCCGUGUUUCCGCUGAGAAUGAGUAUGGCGUCGGUGAACCCUAUGAAAUGCAAGAACCAAUUGUCGCCACAGAACAGCCUGCCCCGCCCAGGAGACUCGAUGUGGUGGACACUAGCAAAUCGUCUGCAGUCUUGGCCUGGCUUAAACCUGACCAUGACGGAGGCAGUCGGAUCACUAGCUACCUGCUUGAGAUGAGGCAGAAGGGAUCCGACUUCUGGGUUGAAGCUGGUCACACCAAACAGCUGACUUUCACAGUGGAGCGCCUCGUUGAGAACACUGAAUAUGAAUUCCGGGUGAAAGCCAAGAACGACGCUGGCUACAGUGAACCCAGAGAAGCCUUCUCAUCUGUCAUCAUCAAGGAGCCUCAAAUUGAGCCCACUGCCGAUCUCACCGGAAUCACCAAUCAGCUCAUAACCUGCAAGGCUGGAAGCACAUUUACCAUUGACGUGCCAAUCAGUGGGCGUCCCGCCCCCAAAGUAACAUGGAAACUAGAAGAAAUGAGACUCAAGGAGACAGAUCGGAUGAGCAUCACAACCACAAAAGACAGGACCACCCUGACAGUCAAGGACAGCAUGAGAGGCGACUCUGGCAGGUACUUCCUGACUCUAGAAAACACAGCUGGUGUUAAAACGUUUACCAUCACCGUUGUGGUUAUUGGAAGACCAGGGCCAGUAACUGGUCCCAUCGAGGUCUCAUCUGUCUCUGCUGAAUCCUGUGUACUAUCAUGGACCGAACCCAAAGACGAUGGAGGCACAGACAUCACUAACUACAUAGUUGAAAAGCGCGAGUCAGGUACCACAGCCUGGCAGCUUAUUAACUCCAGUGUGAAGCGCACUCAGAUCAAAGUCACGCACCUCACAAAAUACAAAGAAUAUUGCUUCCGUGUCAGUUCAGAGAACAGAUUUGGGGUCAGCAAGCCUCUGGAAACAGCACCAAUUGUUGCUGAACAUCCAUUUGUUCCACCAAGUGCUCCGACCAGACCUGAAGUCUACUAUGUGUCUGCCAAUGCCAUGUCAAUUCGCUGGGAAGAACCUUACCACGAUGGUGGCAGUAAGAUCAUUGGCUACUGGGUUGAGAAGAAAGAGCGUAACACCAUCCUUUGGGUGAAGGAAAACAAAGUACCGUGCUUAGAGUGUAACUACAAAGUGACGGGCUUGGUAGAAGGGCUGGAGUAUCAGUUCAGAACAUACGCACUCAAUGCAGCGGGUGUCAGCAAGGCCAGUGAAGCCUCAAGACCCAUCAUGGCUCAGAACCCAGUUGAUCCCCCUGGUAGACCAGAAGUAACGGAUGUCACCAGGUCAACAGUGUCUCUAAUCUGGUCGGCCCCGGUGUAUGACGGAGGCAGCAAGGUUGUGGGCUACAUCGUAGAACGGAAGCCAGUCAGUGAAGUCGGAGAUGGUCGCUGGCUGAAGUGUAACUAUACCAUUGUCUCUGAUAACUUCUUCACGGUGACCGCUCUCAGUGAAGGGGACACUUAUGAAUUCCGUGUCUUGGCCAAGAACGCAGCAGGUGUAAUCAGCAAGGGCUCUGAAUCCACGGGCCCUGUCACUUGCAGAGAUGAAUAUGCUCCACCCAAAGCUGAAUUAGACGCCAGGUUACAAGGUGAGCUGGUGACCAUCAGAGCAGGUUCAGAUCUUGUUCUGGAUGCUGCCGUCGGUGGCAAACCCGAACCCAAAAUCAUCUGGACCAAAGGGGACAAGGAACUAGAUCUCUGUGAAAAGGUGUCUCUACAGUACACGGGCAAGCGGGCGAUGGCGGUCAUCAAAUAUUGCGACAGAAGCGACAGUGGAAAAUACACGCUGACGGUGAAGAAUGCCAGUGGGACCAAGUCUGUGUCCGUCAUGGUCAAGGUUCUCGAUUCCCCUGGCCCAUGUGGCAAACUCACGGUCAGCAGAGUCACCGAGGAGAAGUGUACAUUAGCCUGGAGCCUUCCUCAGGAAGAUGGAGGAGCAGAGAUAACCCACUACAUUGUAGAGAGACGUGAGACUAGCAGGCUCAACUGGGUGAUAGUUGAAGGGGAAUGCCUGACUCUAUCCUACGUGGUCACCAGACUCAUCAAGAACAACGAAUACACGUUCCGCGUGAGGGCAGUGAACAAAUACGGCCUGGGUGUGCCAGUGGAAUCGGAGCCGAUUGUGGCCAGAAAUUCUUUCACGAUUCCAUCCCAGCCUGGCAUACCCGAAGAGGUGGGGGCUGGCAAAGAGCACAUCAUUAUUCAGUGGACAAAACCCGAAUCUGACGGUGGCAAUGAGAUCAGCAACUACCUGGUAGACAAGCGUGAGAAGAAGAGCUUGCGCUGGACACGUGUCAACAAAGACUACGUGGUGUAUGACACCAGGCUGAAGGUGACCAGCCUGAUGGAAGGUUGUGAUUAUCAGUUCCGGGUGACGGCAGUGAACGCUGCUGGCAACAGCGAACCCAGCGAAGCCUCCAACUUCAUCCGCUGCAGAGAGCCAUCAUAUACCCCUGGACCACCUUCCGCUCCAAGAGUUGUAGAUACCACCAAGCGUAGUAUUAGUUUGGCAUGGACCAAACCCAUGUAUGAUGGUGGUGCUGACAUCAUAGGAUACGUCCUGGAAAUGCAAGAGAAGGACACUGACCAGUGGUGCCGGGUGCAUACAAAUGCCACAAUCAGGAACAACGAAUUCACUGUGCCAGACCUUAAAACAGGCCAGAAAUACUCCUUCCGGGUUGCUGCCGUGAACGUGAAGGGUGUGAGCGAGUACAGUGAAGCCAUUGCCGAAAUUGAGCCCGUGGAAAGACUAGAAAUACCAGAUCUGGAGCUUGCGGAUGAUCUGAAGAAGACCGUGACUCUCAGGGCUGGAACCACACUGCGCCUGAUGGUGUCUGUAUCGGGGAGACCAUCUCCUGUCAUCACGUGGAGCAAGAAAGGCAUUGACCUUGCAAACCGGGCCAUCAUUGACAACACGGAGAGCUACUCUUUACUCAUCGUGGACAAAGUUAAUCGGUAUGAUGCUGGAAAGUACACAAUUGAAGCUGAAAACCAAUCUGGCAAGAAAUCAGCAACCAUCCUUGUUAAAGUCUAUGAUACACCCGGUCCCUGUCCUUCAGUGAGCGUUAAGGAAGUUUCCAGAGAUUCUGUGACCAUCACUUGGGAAAUCCCCACCAUCGAUGGUGGUGCUCCCGUCAGCAAUUACAUCAUUGAGAAGCGAGAAGCUGCCAUGAGAGCAUUCAAAACAGUAACCACUAAGUGCGGCAAGACUCUUUACCGAAUCUCCGGCCUGGUAGAAGGAACCAUGUACUACUUCAGAGUGCUUCCAGAAAACAUCUAUGGCAUCGGAGAGCCUUGUGAGACAUCAGACGCCGUGCUGAUCUCAGAGGUACCCUUGGUGCCCACAAAACUAGAAGUGGUCGAUGUCACCAAAUCCACUGUCACCCUGGCCUGGGAGAAACCACUCUACGAUGGUGGGAGCCGACUCACUGGCUACGUGCUCGAGGCCUGCAAAGCUGGGACUGAGAGGUGGAUGAAAGUGGUCACUUUGAAACCCACGGUCUUAGAGCACACUGUCAUUUCCUUAAACGAAGGCGAACAGUACUUGUUUAGGGUGAGGGCACAGAAUCAGAAAGGUGUGUCAGAACCAAGGGAGAUCGUCACAGCUGUGACCGUACAAGACCUGAGAGUGUUGCCAACAAUCGAUCUUUCCACGAUGCCUCAGAAGACCAUCCACGUGCCAGCCGGCAGACCCGUUGAGCUGGUGAUACCUAUUGCCGGCCGCCCACCUCCUACGGCUUCUUGGUUCUUUGCUGGCUCUAAACUGAGAGAAUCAGAGCGUGUCACAGUCGAAACCCACACUAAAGUCGCCAAGUUAACCAUCCGUGAGACAACUAUAAGAGAUACUGGAGAAUACACGCUCGAACUGAAGAACGUUACUGGAACCACCUCAGAGACCAUCAAAGUUAUCAUUCUUGACAAGCCUGGUCCACCAACUGGGCCCAUCAAGAUUGAUGAAAUCGACGCAACGUCAGUGACCAUAUCCUGGGAACCGCCCGAAUUGGACGGUGGCGCCCCUCUCAGUGGCUAUGUGGUGGAGCAACGUGAUGCUCAUCGUCCGGGGUGGCUGCCAGUUUCUGAGUCAGUCACAAGACCAACAUUUAAGUUCACCAGACUCACGGAAGGCAAUGAAUAUGUGUUCCGGGUGGCAGCAACAAACCGCUUCGGGAUUGGCUCUUACCUGCAAUCGGAGGUCAUAGAAUGCCGAAGCAGCAUCAGUAUUCCUGGACCUCCAGAGACAUUACAGAUAUUUGACGUCUCCCGUGAUGGCAUGACACUUACUUGGUAUCCACCUGAGGAUGACGGUGGCUCCCAAGUGACCGGCUAUAUUGUGGAGCGUAAAGAAGUAAGGGCGGACCGAUGGGUCCGUGUCAAUAAAGUACCGGUGACCAUGACAAGGUACCGCUCCACUGGCCUAAUUGAAGGCUUAGAAUAUGAGCACCGUAUUACAGCUAUUAAUGCAAGAGGGACUGGAAAGCCAAGUCGUCCUUCCAAACCCAUCGUUGCCAUGGAUCCAAUCGCUCCACCAGGAAAGCCACAAAAUCCCAGAGUUACAGAUACAACAAGGACAUCAGUCUCCCUGGCCUGGAGUGUUCCAGAAGAUGAAGGCGGAUCUAAAGUCACGGGAUACUUGAUUGAAAUGCAAAAAGUCGAUCAACGCGAAUGGACCAAAUGUAACACCACCCCAACCAAGAUUCGGGAAUACACCCUAACACACCUACCUCAGGGCGCUGAAUAUAGAUUCCGUGUCCUAGCUUGUAACGCUGGCGGACCUGGGGAACCUGCUGAGGUACCAGGAACAGUCAAAGUCACAGAGAUGCUUGAAUACCCUGACUAUGAACUUGAUGAAAGAUACCAGGAAGGUGUCUUUGUUCGACAAGGUGGAGUCAUCAGACUUACCAUACCAAUUAAAGGAAAACCAUUCCCAAUAUGUAAAUGGACCAAGGAAGGUCAAGAUAUUAGCAAGCGUGCCAUGAUUGCAACAUCUGAAACACACACUGAGCUUGUGAUCAAAGAAGCAGACAGAGAUGAUUCUGGAACGUAUGACUUGGUUCUGGAGAACAAAUGUGGCAAGAAGACCGUGUACAUCAAGGUCAAGGUGAUAGGCAGCCCCAACACCCCAGAAGGGCCACUGGAGUAUGAUGACAUACAAGCUCGCUCUGUAAGGGUCAGCUGGAGACCUCCCGCUGAUGACGGUGGCGCUGACAUCUUGGGCUACAUCCUUGAGAGAAGGGAGGUACCAAAGGCCGCCUGGUAUACCAUUGACUCCAGAGUCCGAGGCACAUCUCUGGUGGUAAAAGGCCUCAAAGAGAAUGUGGAAUACCAUUUCCGUGUCUCGGCAGAAAACCAGUUCGGCAUAAGCAAACCCCUGAAAUCCGAGGAGCCAGUCAUACCCAAAACACCACUGAAUCCACCGGAACCACCAAGCAAUCCUCCUGAAGUACUUGAUGUCACCAAAAGUUCCGUUAGCCUGUCCUGGUCUCGGCCUAAAGAUGACGGCGGAUCUCGGGUCACAGGCUACUACAUUGAACGCAAGGAGACAUCCACUGACAAGUGGGUGAGACACAACAAAACCCAGAUCACCACCACCAUGUACACAGUCACCGGCCUCGUUCCUGAUGCCGAGUAUCAGUUCCGUAUCAUCGCACAGAACGACGUGGGCCUUAGUGAGACCAGCCCUGCUUCUGAGCCAGUUGUUUGUAAAGAUCCCUUUGACAAGCCGAGCCAACCAGGAGAACUUGAGAUUCUUUCGAUAUCCAAAGACAGUGUCACUCUCCAGUGGGAGAAACCUGAGUGUGACGGUGGCAAAGAAAUCCUUGGCUACUGGGUGGAAUAUAGACAGUCCGGGGACAGUUCCUGGAAGAAGAGUAACAAGGAGCGGAUCAAGGACAGGCAGUUCACCAUCGGGGGUUUGCUAGAGGCUACUGAGUACGAGUUCAGAGUCUUCGCCGAGAAUGAGACUGGGCUCAGCCGACCCCGGAGAACGGCUAUGUCUGUAAAGACUAAGCUAACAUCUGGAGAAGCCCCGGGAGUGCGCAAAGAAAUGGCCGAUGUGACCACCAAAUUAGGCGAAGCUGCUCAGCUCUCAUGCCAGAUAGUGGGAAGGCCCCUCCCUGACAUUAAAUGGUUCCGGUUUGGUAAAGAGCUCAUCCAGAGCCGCAAGUACAAAAUGUCAUCAGAUGGGCGCACGCAUACACUGACGGUAAUGACGGAAGAACAAGAAGACGAAGGCGUCUACACCUGCGUGGCUACAAACGAAGUUGGAGAAGUGGAAACCAGCAGUAAGCUGCUUCUCCAAGCAGCCCCGCAGUUCCACCCCGGUUACCCACUGAAAGAGAAGUAUUACGGCGCGGUGGGCUCUACACUUCGGCUCCACGUUAUGUACAUCGGUCGCCCAGUACCUGCCAUGACGUGGUUCCAUGGCCAGAAACUUCUGCAGAACUCAGAAAACAUUACAAUUGAAAACACUGAGCACUACACCCAUCUGGUCAUGAAGAACGUCCAACGUAAGGCCCACGCUGGCAAAUACAAGGUUCAGCUCAGCAAUGCCUUUGGGACAGUUGACGCAACCCUGGAUGUGGAAAUACAAGAUAAACCAGACAAACCCACGGGACCGAUUGUGAUCGAGGCACUCCUGAAGAACUCUGUGGUCAUCAGCUGGAAGCCGCCUGCUGAUGACGGCGGCUCCUGGAUCACCAAUUACGUGGUGGAGAAAUGUGAGGCCAAGGAAGGGGCUGAAUGGCAAUUGGUGUCUUCAGCCAUCUCCGUGACAACCUGUAGAAUUGUGAACCUCACAGAAAACGCCGGCUAUUAUUUCCGGGUCUCAGCUCAGAACACCUUUGGCAUCAGUGAGCCACUAGAGGUGGCCUCCAUUGUGAUCAUCAAGAGUCCAUUUGAAAAGCCGAGUGUUCCUGGUAGACCAACCAUCACUGCUGUCACCAAGGAUUCUUGUGUUGUGGCUUGGAAGCCACCCGCGAGCGACGGAGGUGCAAAGAUCAGGAACUACUACCUUGAGAAGCGUGAGAAGAAGCAAAACAAGUGGAUUGCGGUGACCACGGAAGAAAUCCGAGAAACCGUCUUCUCCGUGCAAAACCUUAUUGAAGGUCUUGAGUAUGAGUUCCGCGUCAAAUGUGAAAACCUGGGUGGAGAGAGCGAAUGGAGCGAGAUUUCAGAGCCGGUCACCCCGAAAUCCGACGUCCCGAUUCAGGCUCCACACUUCAAGGAGGAGCUGAGAAACCUGAAUGUCCGCUAUCAGAGCAAUGCCACUUUGGUCUGCAAGGUGACCGGUCAUCCAAAGCCCAUUGUGAAAUGGUACAGACAAGGCAAAGAGAUCAUUGCCGAUGGGCUCAAGUACAGAAUUCAGGAGUUUAAGGGGGGUUACCACCAGCUCAUCAUUGCCAGCGUCACAGACGACGAUGCCACAGUUUACCAAGUCAGAGCCACCAACCAAGGGGGAUCCGUGUCUGGCACCGCCUCCUUGGAAGUGGAAGUUCCGGCGAAGAUACACCUGCCCAAAACCCUUGAAGGCAUGGGAGCAGUUCAUGCUCUCCGAGGAGACGUGAUCAGCAUCAAGAUUCCCUUCAGCGGCAAACCAGAUCCCGUGAUCACCUGGCAGAAAGGACAAGACCUCAUCGAUAAUAAUGGCCACUACCAAGUGAUUGUCACGAGAUCCUUCACCUCACUCGUCUUCCCCAACGGAGUGGAGAGAAAAGAUGCCGGCUUCUAUGUCGUCUGCGCUAAAAACAGGUUUGGAAUCGAUCAAAAGACAGUUGAACUAGAUGUGGCUGACGUUCCUGACCCUCCCAGGGGCGUCAAAGUUAGUGAUGUCUCGCGAGAUUCUGUCAACUUAACUUGGACGGAGCCAGCUUCUGAUGGUGGUAGCAAGGUCACCAACUACAUUGUUGAAAAAUGCGCGACUACCGCAGAAAGAUGGCUCCGCGUGGGACAGGCCCGAGAAACACGUUAUACUGUGAUCAACUUAUUUGGAAAAACGAGUUAUCAGUUCCGAGUGAUAGCUGAAAAUAAAUUUGGCCUGAGCAAGCCUUCGGAGCCCUCAGAACCAACCGUUACCAAGGAAGACAAGGCCAGAGCCAUGAAUUACGAUGACGAGGUGGAUGAAACCAGGGAGGUCACCAUGACGAAAGCAUCGCACUCUAAAACUAAGGAGCUCUAUGAGAAAUACAUGAUAGCUGAAGACCUUGGACGUGGUGAGUUUGGAAUUGUCCACCGCUGUGUUGAAACAUCCUCGAAGAAGACAUUCAUGGCCAAAUUCGUUAAAGUCAAAGGGACUGAUCAGGUUUUGGUCAAGAAAGAGAUUUCCAUUCUAAACAUUGCUAGGCACAGAAACAUCUUAUACCUCCACGAGUCAUUUGAAAGCAUGGAAGAACUGGUUAUGAUCUUCGAAUUUAUAUCAGGACUCGACAUAUUUGAACGCAUCAACACAAGCGCCUUUGAGCUGAAUGAAAGAGAAAUUGUAAGCUACGUCCGCCAAGUCUGCGAAGCGCUGGAGUUCUUGCACAGUCAGAAUAUUGGCAACUUUGACAUUCGACCAGAAAAUAUCAUUUAUCAGACAAGAAAGAACUCCACUAUCAAACUAAUAGAAUUUGGUCAAGCGCGUCAGCUAAAGCCAGGAGACAACUUCCGGCUUCUGUUCACAGCCCCUGAAUACUAUGCCCCUGAAGUCCACCAGCAUGACGUUGUCAGUACUGCCACAGACAUGUGGUCCCUGGGUACGCUGGUGUAUGUGCUGCUGAGCGGAAUCAACCCAUUUUUGGCUGAAACCAACCAACAGAUGAUUGAGAACAUCAUGAAUGCAGAAUAUACUUUUGAUGAAGAAGCAUUCAAAGACAUUAGCCUGGAAGCCAUGGAUUUUGUCGACCGGCUGUUGGUAAAAGAGAGAAAAUCUCGCAUGACUGCGUCCGAGGCACUGCAGCACCCAUGGCUGAAGCAAAAGAUAGACAGAGUCAGUACUAAAGUCAUCAGGACACUGAAACACCGGCGCUACUACCAUACCCUGAUAAAGAAGGACCUCAAUAUGGUUGUGUCAGCAGCCCGGAUCUCCUGUGGUGGGGCAAUUCGGUCCCAGAGGGGAGUGAGCGUGGCCAAAGUUAAAGUGGCUUCCAUCGAGAUCGGUCCCGUCUCAGGGCAGAUAAUGCAUGCCGUUGGCGAGGAAGGGGGAUAUGUCAAAUACGUAUGCAAAAUCGAAAACUAUGACCAGUCUACCCAGGUGACGUGGUACUUUGGCGUGAGACAGCUGGAAAACAGCGAGAAAUAUGAAAUUACCUAUGAAGAUGGAGUGGCCACCAUGUACGUCAAAGACAUCACCAAAUUCGACGACGGGACCUACAGAUGCAAAGUGGUCAACGACUACGGUGAAGACAGCUCCUAUGCAGAGCUGUUCGUUAAAGGCGUGAGGGAAGUGUAUGACUACUACUGCCGGAGGACCAAGAAAGUCAAGCGCAGGACGGAUGCCAUGCGGCUCCUGGAACGGCCACCAGAAUUUACCCUGCCUCUCUAUAACAAGACGGCCUACGUGGGUGAGAGCGUCCGGUUUGGAGUAACUAUAACUGUCCACCCAGAACCUCGCGUGACGUGGUAUAAGUCAGGUCAGAAAAUCAAGCCAGGUGAGGACGAAAAGAAAUACACAUUCGAGUCUGACAAGGGUCUCUAUCAGCUAACGAUCAACAACGUCACCACAGAGGAUGACGCCGAAUACACUGUGGUGGCCAGGAACAAAUACGGCGAAGACAGCUGCAAAGCAAAGCUGACGGUCACUCUACACCCACCUCCGACAGACACCAACCUCAGGCCCAUGUUCAAGCGGCUCCUGGCAAAUGCCGAAUGCCAGGAGGGCCAAAGCGUCUGCUUUGAGAUAAGAGUGUCGGGCAUACCCGCCCCAACAUUAAAAUGGGAGAAGGAUGGUCAGCCACUGUCCCUCGGACCCCACAUUGAAAUUGUCCAUGAAGGCUUAGAUUACUAUGCCUUGCACAUCAGGGACACUUUGCCUGAAGACACGGGGUAUUACAGAGUCACAGCCACAAACACAGCUGGAUCCACCAGCUGCCAGGCUCACCUCCAAGUGGAGCGGUUGCGAUACGUCAAGCAAGAAUUCCAGAGUAAGGAGGAACGAGAGCGGCACGUCCAAAAACAGAUUGACAAAACACUGAGGAUGGCGGAGAUUCUUUCUGGAACGGAAACCGUGCCGCUGACUCCCGUAGCCCAAGAGGCUCUGAGAGAAGCUGCCAUCCUUUACAAACCGGCGGUGAGCACCAAGACGGUCAAGGGAGAAUACCGACUUCAGACAGAGGAAAAGAAGGAGGAGAGAAAAUUCCGCAUGCCUUAUGAAGUCCCAGAGCCCCGCAGGCACAAACAAGCCACAGUAGAAGAAGACCAACGCAUCAAGCAGUUCGUGCCUAUGUCUGACAUGAAGUGGUAUAAGAAGAUCCGGGAUCAAUACGAAAUGCCCGGGAAAAUUGACAGGGUUGUCCAGAAAAGACCCAAGCGCAUCCGCCUUUCAAGAUGGGAGCAGUUCUACGUGACGCCUCUUCCCCGAAUUACAGAUCAAUACCGACCCAAAUGGAGGAUCCCCAAACUAUCCCAAGAUGAUCUGGAAAUGGUGAGGCCAGCCCGCCGACGUACUCCGUCUCCUGGUUAUGAUGUUUAUUACCACAGACGCAGGAGACGCUCUCUGGGUGACAUGUCGGAUGAGGAGCUACUCCUCCCUAUUGAUGACUACCUGGCAAUGAAAAGAACAGAGGAAGAGAGGCUGCGUCUCGAGGAGGAGCUGGAGCUGGGCUUCUCGGCUUCACCCCCCAGCCGAAGCCCUCCGCGCUUUGAGCUUUCUAGCCUGCGGUAUUCUUCUCCUGCAGCUCAAGUCAAAGUGGAAGACAGGAGAAGAGACUUCCGGUACUCGACCUACCACAUCCCAACAAAGGAGGAAACCAGCACCAGUUACGCAGAGCUGCGGGAACGGCAUGCCCAGGCCUCAUACAGGCAGCCGAAGCUACGGCAGAGGAUCAUGGCCGAGAAGGAGGAAGAGGAGCUGCUGCGGCCAGUGACAACCACCCAGCGCCUCUCAGAAUACAAAAGUGAGCUUGACUACAUGUCAAAAGAAGAAAAGUCUAAAAAGAAAUCAAAGCGACAGAGGCAAGUGACAGAGAUAACAGAAAUUGAAGAGGAAUAUGAACUCUCAAGACGGACUCAAAGAGAAUCGUCUUCAUCUGUGUCCAGACUACUGAGACGACGACGCUCCUUGUCUCCAACUUACAUUGAGUUAAUGAGACCAGUGUCCGAGCUGAUCCGAUCCCAUCCACAACCUGUUGAGGGCUACGAAGAUGAGACAGAAAGAAGAUCUCCCACACCAGAGAGGACGCGCCCGCGUUCUCCUAGCCCUGUGUCUAGUGAGCGGUCCCUCUCCAGAUUCGAGAGGUCUGCAAGGUUUGACAUCUUCUCUAGGUACGAGUCCAUGAAAGCCGCCUUAAAGACGCAGAAGACAUCAGAAAGGAAGUACGAAGUUCUGAGUCAGCAGCCUUUCACCCUGGAUCAUGCCCCUCGAAUCACCCUGCGGAUGCGCUCCCAUAGGGUGCCGUGUGGCCAAAAUACGCGCUUCAUCUUAAAUGUUCAGUCUAAGCCAACUGCUGAGGUCAGAUGGUACCACAAUGGCAUUGAACUCCAAGAGAGCGAUAAGAUUCAUUACACCAACACGAGUGGAGUCCUGACCUUGGAGAUUCUGGACUGUCAAACUGAGGACAGCGGCACCUACCGGGCCGUGUGCACCAACUACAAAGGUGAAGCAUCUGACUAUGCAACCCUGGACGUCACGGGGGGUGAUUACACCACCUAUGCAUCCCGUCGCAGGGAUGAGGAAGUCCCCAAGUCAGUCUUCCCCGAACUGACAAAAACAGAGGCCUAUGCAGUUUCGUCAUUUAAGAGGACAUCAGAGAUGGAAGCGGCCUCUUCAGUCAGGGAAGUGAAGUCACAAAUGACGGAGACAAGAGAAAGCCUCUCUUCCUAUGAGCAUUAUGCAGCUGCAGAAAUGAAAAGCGCCGCAUCGGAGCAAAAGUCACUCGAAGAAAAAUCCACAGUGAGAAAGAUGAAGACGACAUUGGCAGCAAGAAUCUUAACGAAACCACGGUCCAUAACUGUCUAUGAAGGCGAGCCUGCAAGGUUUUCUUGCGAUACAGAUGGGGAACCGGUACCAACCGUGACCUGGCUGCGUGGAGGCCAAGUGAUAAGUACUUCUCCGCGCCACCAAGUGACCACCACCAAGUACAAAUCGACCUUUGAGAUCACUUCCGUGCAGGCUUCCGACGAGGGCAGCUACAGUGUGGUGGUCGAAAACAGCGAUGGAAAGCAGGAAGCCCAGUUCACGCUGACCGUGCAAAAGGCUAGGGUUCCGGAAAAGACCGUGACGUCACCACCCAGAGUCAAGUCCCCCGAGCCUCGAGUGAAGUCCCCAGAAACAGUGAAGUCUCCCAAGAGAGUCAAAUCUCCAGAGCCAGUGACUUCUCUCCCGAAAGCUGUGUCACCUACCACCGAGACAAAACCGACACCGGCAGAGAAGACUCAACAGCUUCCAGCCUCGGCUCCACCGAAGAUAACUCAGUCCCUGAAAGCAGAGGCAUCUAAAGAUAUUGCAAAGCUGACCUGUGCGGUUGAAAGUAGCGCUCUGUGUGCAAAAGAGGUCACCUGGUAUAAAGACGGCAAGAAACUCAAGGAAAAUGGGCAUUUCCAGUUUCAUUACUCAGCGGACGGUACCUACGAACUCAAAAUUCAUCACCUUAGCGAGUCUGAUUGCGGAGAGUAUGUCUGUGAGGUCGCUGGUGAAGGAGGAACUUCCAAAACCAGCUUCCAGUUUACUGGACAGUCUUUCAAGAGCAUUCAUGAGCAGGUGUCGAGCAUAUCAGAAACUAAGAAAUCCACUCAGAAAACUGCUGAGUCAAUGGAAGCCAAGAAACCAGCUCAGAAAACUGAGUCAACAGAAGCCAAGAAGUCGGCCCAGAAAACUGCUGAGUCAACAGAAGCCAAGAAACAGGAACCAAAAGCUCCUGAAUCAAUUUCCUCAAAGCCAGUAAUUGUUACUGGGUUGCAGGAUACAACCAUUUCUUCAGACAGUACUGCGAAAAUUACAGUCAAAGUUAAUGGAGAGCCCCAGCCAACUGUCACCUGGACAAAGGAUGGAAAGGCUCUCGCACAAGAUGGCAAAUACAAACUCUCCAAAGACAAAGAAGGAUUCACCCUGGAAAUCCUCAAGACCGAGGCUUCUGACAGCGGACUUUAUGCCUGCACAGUUACAAAUUCUGCUGGAUCUGUGUCCUCCAGCUGCAAGCUUACAGUAAAAGCUGUAAAAGAUACUGAGGCACAGAAAGUAUCUACCCAGAAGACCUCUGAAGUUACAUCUCAGAAGAAAGCAAGCAUCCAAGAGGAAAUUUCUCAAAAAUCCCUCGCUUCUGAAGAAAUCAAGAUGUCAGAGGUAAAAUCUCAUGAGAAGUUGGCCAUCAAGGAGGAGACAUCCAAAGUUCUGAUUUCUGAGGAGGUCAAGAGAUCAGAGGCAGCCUCCCUAGAAAAAUCUAUUGUCCACGAAGAAGUCACCAAAACCUCACAGGCAUCAGAAGAAGUCAAAACUCACGCCGAGAUCAAAGCGCUGUCUACUCAGAUGAGCAUAACCGAUGGCCAGAGGGUGACUCUGAAAGCCAACAUUGCUGGCGCCACCGAUGUGAAAUGGGUGCUGAAUGGCGUUGAGCUUACUAACUCGGAGGAAUACAGAUACGGAGUAUCUGGCAGUGACCAAACCCUCACCAUCAAGCAAGCCAGUCAGAGAGACGAAGGAAUCCUCACCUGCAUAGGCAGAACCAGUCAGGGAGUCGUCAAGUGCCAGUACGACUUGACCUUGAGCAAAGAACUCUCUGAUGCUCCAGCCUUCAUCUCGCAGCCCAGAUCUCAAAAUGUUAACGAAGGGCAAAACGUUCUCUUUUCUUGCGAGGUCAGCGGGGAGCCAUCCCCUGAAAUUGAGUGGUUUAAAAACAACCUUCCCAUUUCCAUUUCUUCCAAUGUCAGCGUGAGUCGCUCCAGAAAUGUGUACACACUUGAAAUCCGAAAUGCAUCUGUAAGCGACAGUGGAAAGUACACCAUUAAGGCCAAAAAUUUCCGCGGCCAAUGUUCGGCCACAGCUUCCCUGACAGUCCUUCCUCUCGUUGAAGAACCAUCCCGAGAGGUGGUGCUGAGAACAAGUGGUGACGCGAGCUUGCAAGGAAGCUUCUCGUCUCAGUCCGUCCAAAUGUCUGCCUCUAAGCAGGAGGCGUCCUUCAGCAGCUUCAGCAGCAGCAGCGCUAGCAUGACUGAAAUGAAGUUUGCAAGCAUGUCUGCCCAAAGCAUGUCUUCCAUGCAAGAGUCCCUUGUAGAAAUGAGUUCCAGCAGUUUUAUGGGGCAAUCUAGCAUGACACAUCUGGAAAGCUCCACCAGUAGGAUGCUGAGAGCAGGCGGAAGAGGAAUUCCACCUAAAAUUGAAGCUCUCCCGUCUGAUAUCAGCAUCGAUGAAGGCAAAGUGCUCACAGUAGCCUGCGCUUUUACUGGGGAGCCUACUCCAGAAAUAACAUGGUCCUGUGGCGGCAGGACCAUCCAGAACCAAGACCAGCAUGGAAGAUUCCACAUCGAAAACACAGACGACCUGACAACCCUGAUCAUCAUGGACGUACAGAAACAAGACGGCGGACUUUAUACCCUGAGCUUAGGGAAUGAAUUCGGAUCUGACUCUGCUACUGUGAAUAUUAAUAUCCGCUCUAUGUAAGAGGGCCGGGGGGCUCUAAUACUCCACACGUACAAUCUCUCACAAACGAUUCACAUGGACUAAUCUUUCUGACCUGUAAAUAUUUUUCAGUAGUUUUGUAUUCACCUAAGUGAGUCUCACAGUUCCAAAAAUAGGCAUUUCGAUCCUUUCAUACCUGAGAAUAUUUGCUAAUGACAUGUACAUACCGUAUACAGCCGGAUUCACGGUUAUAAAGUUUUGUACCAUUUAUUAUAUGACAUUUUACACUGUAACUUAUGAAACUAACCAUUGGUAGGAGAAAGUUUCUAUGGAUUAUGGAACGAAUACCCUGCCAGUACUUAAAUCAAUCUCUGUGCCUCAACAUACUGUUGAUGUCUAAGUAUGCCUCAGUGGGUGGAGAAAUUCCCCACUGAAGAUGUCCUGUCCACCUAAGAGAGGAUGCUGUGCAUGUCCCUGACAUGAGCACUGAUACCUAUCGAAUCAGAAAUGUAAGGCAUUGGUGAUGUUUGCACCUACCCUCCUGUAAGCAACACUUUAACGUCUUACAUUUUCCCUGAUGAUGUCACACUUAAAAUUAUCAUGACGAGUAUUACCAGAGCAAAGUGUAACGGCCAACACUUUGCUCGCUCACUUCACACUGUCUCUGACAGAAGGAGUGCCUGGGUAGCCUGGAAAAAGUACCAUCUCCUGGCCAUCCCCUCGUUUCACCAGGCUAUUCAUGUAUUCCCAUGCCAGAGCAGUGCCAACUCCUGGAGGUCCCAGGUGCAGCUAAUGCCUCGUGUGGUAGUUCUAAAUUUAAAUUACACCUGAAACUGGGCAACUAAGCAAUGAGCCACAGCAAAAUAUAACAACAAGAAAAUAAUAACAACAAAUGAAGCUGUCGUUAAAACAACAUUACUACCAACUGCCCACAAACAAAUUAUCAAUUUGAUGUAGUCCUUUUCAUGCCGGUAUAAUUGGUAGUUAUAAAUGUUGGACCUCCUUGAGAUAAAAAGGAAAAAUAAAGCAAGCUAUCUGCACCUCAAAAUG